UCCGUCAGGUUCAUCGCUCAGUGUGGACGCUCGGUGCCCCCACGAGACCCAUCGAGGGCGCAUAGUCUCCACUCCAGCUCGCUUCAUCGGACCCAGACGACUGCCAGAGCGCCCGGUGGCCAGCGCAGAGCGAGCCGCGUGGGCAACUGUGGCCCGAUCCUGGGGAGCAAGCUGGCUUCGGGCCUUACCUAGCUCCACCCGGCUCCUACCGGCCCUCCCACCUAGGAGCUGGAGGAUGGUCCCGGGGCGCCCCAAGGGGACUGCUGGUCCCCGGAGCCUCCAGCCGGACGCGCCGUGUCGUGUGAGCCGCGUGCCCGCCCAGUUUGGAGGCAGCUGCCCCCGCCGCUGACAGGUGCUGCCCGGAGGGCGCCGGGUGCGGUCCCUGGCGCAGCUGGACGCGCACGCCCCGGUGCGUGCAGCUUCCCGAGCUCGGUCAGCGAGAGGAGGGAGCCAGGGCGCGGCCUGGGGGACGCCAGUGGACUGGAGCCGCGGAGCUUCGAGCGAGAAACUUUGCAGGCGCCGCGGCCGGGAUCCGGUGACCGCUCCAGCUCACCCCAGCAGGUGCGGGAGGAAGAGGCGGCGCCGGAGUCCCGAGGCCGGAGUGCCUCGGCGCCGGCGGCUGCCGUUUCUUUCCCCCGAGCUGGCCUGAAGUCGCUGGGCACUCCCGGUUUCUGCUGCUGCGCCCGCCGCCGCCACCACCGCCACCGCGGGGCCCCGGUAAAAGGCGCAGCCGGAGAGGGCGGAGGAGAAGCAGGAGGAGGAGGAGGAGGAGGAGGGGAGAGGAGGAGCAGGGGGUGGAGGAUGGAGCCCCGGGCUGCCGCGGCGGGCGAGCAGGAGCCGGCGGCGGCGUCCUCCUCCUUCCAGGCCCGGCUCUGGAAGAACCUGCAGCUGGGAGUGGGCAGGAGCAAGGUGGGCGGGGGCGGGGGCGGGCGCGCGGGGGGUCCGGAGCGCCGCACUGCGGACACCCCGUCGCCCUCCCCGCCACCCCCGGGGGGCACGCGGGGCGCACCAGCCGGCGGGAGUGGUGCAGGCAGCAGGUGGAGCGGCUUCAAGAAGCGGAAGCAAGUGCUGGACCGAGUCUUCUCCUCCUCGCAGCCCAACCUGUGCUGCUCCUCGCCGGAGCCCCUAGAGCCCGGCGGCGCCGCCUGCAGAGCCGAACAGGGGUCCACGCUGCGCCGCCGGAUCCGCGAGCAUUUGCUCCCCACCGGAAAGGGGCCGUUGGCGGCCGCGGGAGCAGCGGGAGGGACGCCUCCUGGCGGACGCUCCCCGGACUCGGCUCCCUCCUCUUCCUCCGCCUCAUCCUCCCUGUCCUCCUCGCCCCAGCCGCCGCCAAGGGGGGACCGCGCCCGAGAUGAGGGUGCACGGCGUCGGGGCCCCGGCGCGCAUUUGUGCCAUCAGAAGAGCUCCUCUCUGCCGGGCACCGCCUGCCUGGAGCAGCUGCUGGAGCCGCCGCCACCUCCUGCAGAGCCAGCGCAGAGCCCCGCGGAAUCUCGGGCCCCGGAGACAGGCGAGGAGCGCAGCAGCAGCCAGAAAAUAAACACUGCUGGAACCAGUAAUGCAGAAGUCCCCUUGGCUGAUCCCGGAAUGUACCAGUUGGACAUUACAUUAAGAAGGGGUCAAAGUUUAGCUGCCCGAGAUCGAGGAGGGACAAGUGAUCCAUAUGUGAAGUUCAAAAUCGGAAGAAAGGAAGUUUUUAGAAGUAAGAUAAUACACAAGAACCUCAACCCUGUGUGGGAAGAAAAAGCCUGCAUUCUGGUUGAUCAUCUUAGGGAGCCAUUGUAUAUAAAGGUAUUUGACUAUGAUUUUGGACUACAGGAUGACUUUAUGGGCUCAGCCUUUCUGGAUCUGGCACAAUUGGAAUUAAACAGGCCCACCGAGGUGACCCUCACUCUGAAAGAUCCUCAUUAUCCUGACCACGAUCUUGGAAUCAUUUUGCUGUCAGUCAUCCUUACCCCUAAAGAAGGAGAGUCCAGGGAUGUGACAAUGCUAAUGAGGAAGAGUUGGAAAAGAUCAAGUAAGGAACUUUCAGAAAAUGAAGUGGUUGGAUCUUAUUUCUCUGUGAAGUCUCUCUUUUGGAGGACGUGCAGCAGGCCAGCUCUUCCUGUCCUGGGCUUCUGCAGAGCAGAGCUUCAGAGUUCUUAUUGCCAAAAUGCGCAAUUUCAGACCCAAAGUGUACGCCUAUCAGACCAACACAGAAAAUCCCAUCUUUGGAGAGGGAUAGUCAGCAUCACCUUGAUUGAAGGGAGAGACCUUAAGGCCAUGGAUUCCAAUGGGUUGAGUGACCCCUACGUGAAGUUCCGGCUUGGGCAUCAGAAGUACAAGAGCAAGAUUAUGCCAAAAACAUUGAAUCCUCAGUGGAGGGAACAAUUUGAUUUUCACCUUUAUGAAGAAAGAGGAGGAAUCAUUGAUAUCACUGCCUGGGACAAAGAUGCUGGGAAAAGGGAUGAUUUUAUUGGCAGGUGCCAGGUCGACCUGUCAGCCCUCAGUAGGGAACAGACGCACAAGUUGGAGUUGCAGCUGGAAGAGGGUGAGGGACACCUGGUGCUGCUGGUCACUCUGACAGCAUCAGCCACAGUCAGCAUCUCUGACCUCUCCAUCAACUCCCUGGAGGACCAGAAGGAACGAGAGGAGAUAUUAAAGAGAUAUAGCCCAUUGAGGAUAUUUCACAACCUGAAAGAUGUGGGAUUUCUCCAGGUGAAAGUCAUCAGAGCGGAAGGGUUGAUGGCUGCUGACGUCACUGGAAAAAGUGACCCAUUUUGUGUGGUAGAACUGAACAACGAUAGACUGUUAACACAUACUGUCUACAAAAAUCUCAAUCCUGAGUGGAACAAAGUCUUCACAUUCAACAUUAAAGAUAUCCAUUCAGUUCUUGAAGUGACAGUUUAUGAUGAAGAUCGGGAUCGAAGUGCUGACUUUCUGGGCAAAGUUGCUAUACCAUUGCUGUCUAUUCAAAAUGGUGAACAGAAAGCCUACGUCUUGAAAAACAAGCAGCUGACAGGGCCAACAAAGGGGGUCAUCUAUCUUGAAAUAGAUGUGAUUUUUAAUGCUGUGAAAGCCAGCUUACGAACAUUAAUACCCAAAGAACAGAAGUACAUUGAAGAGGAAAACAGACUCUCUAAACAGCUGCUACUAAGAAACUUUAUCAGAACGAAACGUUGUGUUAUGGUGCUGGUAAAUGCUGCGUACUACGUUAAUAGUUGCUUUGAUUGGGAUUCACCCCCAAGGAGUCUCGCUGCUUUUGUGCUCUUUCUCUUUGUUGUCUGGAACUUUGAGCUCUACAUGAUACCACUGGUUUUGUUGUUAUUAUUGACAUGGAACUACUUCUUGAUAAUAUCAGGGAAAGAUAACAGGCAACGUGAUACAGUAGUGGAGGACAUGCUAGAGGACGAGGAAGAAGAAGAUGACAAAGAUGACAAGGACAGUGAAAAAAAGGGAUUUAUAAAUAAAAUCUACGCCAUCCAGGAGGUAUGUGUCAGUGUCCAGAACAUCCUAGAUGAAGUGGCUUCCUUUGGCGAAAGGAUAAAGAAUACUUUCAACUGGACUGUCCCAUUCUUAAGCUGGCUGGCCAUUGUAGCCCUCUGUGUGUUCACAGUCAUCCUGUACUGCAUUCCGCUAAGAUACAUUGUCCUUGUCUGGGGAAUCAAUAAAUUUACAAAAAAGCUUCGGAGUCCAUAUGCAAUUGAUAACAAUGAACUACUUGACUUCCUUUCCAGAGUCCCUUCAGAUGUACAAGUGGUGCAGUACCAAGAAUUGAAACCAGAUCCUUCUCACAGCCCAUAUAAAAGAAAGAAAAACAAUCUUGGCUAGCCAGCUCCUAGCACUGAGGAGACCAGCAUCUGUUUGGGAAGAUAAAAGAAAAAGCCCUCAGCCUCAGCAGCAUUUCCUUUUUUCCGCUUUUUAUUUAUUUUGCCUUUUUAUCAUGAUGGAGAGAAUUUGUAAAUAGUGUACAAAGGGAUAUGUCUUUGAAAAUAUACUUCUGUUGUACAGACUCAACUUGAUAAAGGUUUUGCUACUGCUGUGUGAAAGCCUUGUUAGCUGUGGAUAAUAAUAUAACACACUGAAAGAACAAAUAUAAGAAUGAUAACAUUGGAAGAUAUAUACUUAUCUAAUUACAAGUGGAUUAAAUACUCAACUGUGCUCUGAUUAAAUCAACAUCAAUUGUAAAUGUCAAUUUGAUUUUAAAGUUUUUUUUUUUUAAUGUAACUAUUUUUUAUCUUAAAAGUAAUCCAUUACACUUUUCUAUGUUUUAUACAUUUCAAAAGACAGGGAAAUCCCAAAGCCUGAAUAAUGGAAUAGAUGUAUUUCAAUUUAACAUAUAUUCUGGCUUUAGAUCCUGACAUUCACUCCUGUGCAAAUUACUUAGGUAUGAGUAGGCUGAUUUUAAGCAAAUAAGUGAAGGCACAUUCACUCCCUCAAGAGAAUCUUCAAUACUCUGCAAUUCUAUAAAGAAAACUUUCAAACCUUCUAACAAUCAUUCCAUCUAAAACCUUAAAAUCUCUACAGGACUACACCACAUAAAUACUGCCAGUUUAUAAACAAUUGCCUGAAUUUUUAUACCUACCACUAAUUUAAUUUACACAGAGGUAGCAAAUUAGCAACCCAGGAUAGUUAUCAAAAAUACUAGCAAACUAUAUCCAUAUCGCUUUUGGUGUCAGAUUGCAUCUGUGCAUCUAAAAAUAUUUUAAUACUCAAGUGCUCUCACAAAAAAAAAACUCUGCUUUCUCAUUAGAUUACUGAAAUGCUUUAAUUCAUACUAUGAUUUUGUUAUUAGUGUGAAUUUUAAUGUAGAGGAGAAUGCAGUGUGCUAAGUGAUAUGCCAGUGUUUCACUACAUUUAUAAAAAAAAAUUCUUGAUAAUGCAUGAAAACCUGUUUUGUAAAAUAAACUGCUUGGGGGUGGUGGUUGCCUUUAACAAUGUUUCACUAUUAUCAUAGAAUCUACACUUAAAAAUUGCAUUCCCAAGACUCUUAAAAGUAGUUUUUUGUAUCUCACUCCCUGGUAUAUUGAGGGAGCAUACCUCUGGAGAAAAAUAAUUUGGUUGGUUGAGAAUGUCUUACUUCCCUGACUUGGUAGGGUAUUACACUCAGUUGAAAUUGCAGCAGACAAUGCUUUGCACUACUUUAUUAAUAAUAGACUGGGAUGGGGUAAAAGUGGGGUUUUAAAGUAGUUUUUGUAUCUCACUCCCUGUUAUAUUGAGGGAGCAUACCUCUGGAGAAAAAUAAUUUGGUUGGUUGAGAAUGUCUUACUUCCCUGACUUGGUAGGGGAUUAUACUCAGUUGAAAUUGCAGCAGCCAAUGCUUUGCACUACUUUAUUAAUAAUAGACUGGGAUGGGGUAAAAGUGGGGGUCAUGCUGGAAAAGUCAUAGAAAAGCUGAAAAAUGUUUAUUUCACUCUAAAGGAAGAUUCUUUAACAAUCUCAUUGAAGCUGAUUUUUAAAGUAUUUUUAUUUUAAAGAUAAGUAGUUAAAUACUAUUUCUUAUAAUAGAACUAUUUUGAUCUGUUUAUAUACUAUGCUUGAAUGUCAAUUAAAUUCCCUUUCUACAGAAAGGCUUUGACCUCAACAUGCUCUAUUUAAUGUAUCAUGUUUAAAAUGACAUGCUUCCAUCUGUAUACCAUCACUGUUUGUUGCUAAAAACAUAAUGUUCCAUGAACUUGAUGUUACUACAGAAAGUUUAUUGAUGAGAUAAUUGUUUGAAAUAACUUUCGAUUAUACCUUGUGAGACUUAUGUUCUGUGCUGGCAAUGUGUACUCAGAUGUCUCUAAGCCUGAUAUUCUACAACCUGAGAUGUAUCUAGCAGAUAGUAACCAUUAACAGAUGACUAAUUUGUUUGUUUCACUGUAUCAAAUUUCAGAUGUUUAGUUCAAUGGUAAUGUUCACUACACAUUCACUGCAUUAAAUACAAAAGAAAAUAAUCUUUCCCAUGUA